GUACCGACAGGCCGACACUCGACAGUUUAUUGCAGUUUAUACAAAAAUGGCGUUCACCUAUAAAGACGCUCCGCCUUUGUGGCAUAAUGGGCCAACUCCUGGUGAAUUAUAUCACUUUCCAGGUGCAAGCAAGCAAUACGGCACCGGUGGAUUCCAGAAAUCACAAUCUCCUAUAACGACUGGUACAUCUGUCAUUGGCGUACAAUUCAAAGACGGAGUUGUUAUAGCGGCAGACAUUCUAGGGUCCUAUGGAUCACUUGCCCGUUACAGAAAUCUGGAACGUCUUAUGAAAGUUAAUGAUAACACACUUCUUGGUGCAUCUGGGGAUUAUGCAGAUUUUCAGUGUAUCAAAAGCUAUGUUGAAAGAAAAAUUUUAGAGGAACAAUGCUUGGAUGAUGGAUUUACUUUAAAGCCAAAAGCAUUGCAUUGCUGGUUAACUCGUGUCAUGUACAACAGACGAUCAAAUUUUGAUCCAUUUUGGAACAAUUUUGUAAUUGCUGGUUUUGAAAAUGAAAAACCAUUUUUAGGAACUGUGGAUAAGCUUGGGACAGCUUACAAUGAUCCUGUUAUUGCGACUGGAUAUGGCGCUUAUAUGGCGGCGCCUAUACUGAGAAAAGCUUAUGAAGAGAAUAGCGAAAUGAAUAAAGAGGAAGCUAUAGGACUUUUGUAUAAAGUAAUGCAAGUACUCUUUUACAGAGACGCUAGAUCUUUCCCAAAGUAUCAUCUUGGGAUUGUUACAAAAGAAAAAGGAGUCGAAAUACAAGGACCGCUAACUUUAGAUAGCUAUUGGGGACCUGCAAUUCUAUAAAAUUGUAACGUUUUCUUAUUCCUUUAAAAUAAGCUCUAAUAAAAGAUCUAUGAUAAAGAUUCAUUCUUUUAAUUGAAUAUAACUUUCAUAAAUUACGUCUAUUUGCAUUAUAUAUAAAAGAAUAAGAAAAUAUUAAUCCUAGUAUUUAUACUUAAUAAUCUUCAUUGUAAUAGACAUUUUACUUUUAUUUUUACGCAUAAAAAUACAGAUACUUGCGAAAAACUAAAA